AUGUUUUUGAAAGCUCCAGGAAGACAGGAAUUCAAGGAUCCGCCUCAUAUCCUUAUCAUCGGCGCUGGCUCUCGUGGUUCAGCUUACGCCAGAGCCGCGCAAACGUCUACGAAUGCUGUCAUCGCUGCAAUUGCUGAACCAAUCGAGUACAAGCGAGCCCAGUUCGGCAAGAAAUUCAUCUGGGGCUCCGAAGGACCCAAGCCUGAACAGCAAUUCCCCGAUUGGAAGCAAUGGGUGAAGUUUGAGGAAACUAGACGGCAGAGAGAAAGGGCUGGUGAGAAGGUAGAGAAGGGUGUUGAUGCGGUGUUUGUCUGUGUGCUGGACGAGAUGCAUGAGGAGGUUGUUUGUGGUAUUGCGCCAUUGGGUCUCCAUAUCUGUGUCGAAAAGCCACUUUCGACUUCCCUGCAGAGCUGUAUGAAUAUCUACAGUUCACUAAAGGGCGAGGAACAGAAGAGGAAGACGCUCACCAAUGGGCAUAUCAACGGAGAGGUUAAUGGGAAGACGAAAGCGAAAGAGACCGUGUUCGGCAUUUGCCAUGUUCUUAGGUACAGUCCGCACAACAUGAUGCUUAGGCAGCUGGUGCUGGAGAAAGAGGUCAUUGGAGAUGUCUUGAGCAUUGAACAUGUGGAGCCUGUGGGAUGGUGGCAUUUUUCUCAUAGUUAUGUGAGAGGCAAUUGGAGAAAAGAAUCAACCACCGCCCCCUCCCUCCUAACCAAGUCUUGUCACGACAUCGACUUCAUCAUGUGGAUGUUAUGUUCCCCACCCCCAAACAGUGGUACGCAACCGCACUUACCCUCCUACCUUACCUCAACUGGCUCCAGGAAGUUCUUCCGAAAGGAAAGGAAGCCAAAAGGUGCGGGCGAUGCCACGAACUGUCUAUCGUGCCCAUAUGAGCAAGACUGUGAUUACAGCGCGAAGAAAAUCUACCUUGAGAAGCAGCUGAAGUUUGGUAACACUGGAUGGCCUGUUAAAAUUGUCAAUCCUGAGAUUGAAGAAUGCUACAAGAGCUUCGGUAUCGAAGCAGCAAGCGAAAAGCUGCUAGGGAGCCUGAGGGAAGACUACUCACCAAAGACGCCUGUCAAGGAAGUUGAGAGCCGUCCUUGGUUUGGCCGGUGUGUUUUCGAAUCAGACAACGACGUCUGCGACGACCAAUGUGUGACGAUUACUUGGGAUGACGAUCCCAUCAGCAACGAAGACGAUGGCAGGCCAAUCUUAAAAGGACGAGGCGCAAAGACUGCUCAGUUCCACAUGGUAGCGUUUACAGACAAGAUUUGUGAGCGUCGAGGACGGAUAUACGGCACAAAGGGGGAGAUUGAGUACGACAGCGCUAGUAUCAAAGUGCACGACUUCUCCACAGGGUACACGAAAGUUCACCACCCCCAUAUCGCAGGAGGUGGACACGGAGGUGGAGACGAAGGGUUGGCGAGGCAGUUCAUUAUGGCGGUAGAAGCUGUCGAUAAUCAGGGGAUGUCGGCGGCAGAGGCUCAGCGGAAAUUCCUCGGGUGUGACCUGGACGAGGCAUUCCGGAGUCACGCAAUGGUCUUUGCUGCUGACGAGGCCCGAAAGGAGAGAAAGGUAGUAGACUGGAAGCAAUGGUGGCAGGAUCAGGUGGAACAGCAAUUCCACCAGCGGUAA